UCAAACACGGUGUUGGUCGUUUCACCACUUCUCUUCUCCUUUUUUAUGAAUAGUAAAUAGUUUCAUCCAAGUGAGUUUGCAUGUUUCGUUUGAAACAGCGACUAGAACGACUUCACUCCAAGUCCCAUGAUGCACCUCUGUUGCCCACUUGGAACCAAGCGGCGAGCCAGUCAGCAGCAGGUAAACAAACCUAUCUCACUGGGGCUGCUAGCCACACAAAGCGUAUGCGCUGUUUGACAGUCUUGUAUUUUUAAUGGCGAGGAGGAUGCCAGUUGAAAAAGAAACAUGUCUGCUGUCAACAGUUCAUUAAAAACAAUCGCUGAAUUGUAAUUCGACAGAGGAGAGUCGACGGCAAAUAGAAGGACGAGUUUAACCUAACCCGUUUCGACAUCUGCGCAUGAUGCAUUGCAGCACUUUCGAGAAAAUGGGUGUUUUUAGCCUCAUUCUGAGAAUAGGGUAUAUGAUCCAAGAUGUCGGUUGGGUUCUUUAGCUACCGUGCCAUUUGAUUGUGCUGGACUCAAAUCAACCUCCCCUCUGGCGACCUGCAACAUGGGGCCCAUCAUGCAGGAGCGCACGACAUCCACGACACUGAAACGCGUCGUCUCCAAAGAGAAGAUUCGGGUAAAAUAUACUGAAAACAGCGGACCAGUAACCAGUUCAAAGAAAGGUAACAAGAUGAAGAAAGCAGUGGGCCAGAUGAAAAAUGGCCUCCCAGGACCAGGUCAGGAUAAGGACACAGUGACAACAGUGCAGAAGGGUGCGCAGUCUAAAGGUGGCAGGGUCAAAUGUGGCACUACACGCAAUACAAGCAAACUGUCCAGCCCUGAAGAAGGAGAUUUGAGACCUCAACUCCGCAAACAUUUAACUGUGAACAGGAAAGAGGAGCAACGCGAAAAUCAACGGAUGUCUCAGUGCGGCAACGAGCUACACCAGAAUCGUGGUGGGAUGGGGAAAAAUCGGCGAGCCCUCUCCCUGCCUCUCUCCCCAAUAUCUGGGCUACGACACAUGCCAGCACACCCUUUAACACACUCCCCAGCCCCAACCCCAGAGGCACUACAGCGGCACUACAACCAGAAGGAUGAAGACACUGACAGUGCCAGUGAUCUGUCAGACUCUGAGAGGCUGCCUGUACUGCCCUCUCCCUGUACCCCCUGCACCCCUCCUCACCUCAACCUUCGGGCCGAGGUCAUCAAUAGUAAUGACUUUCCCCCGGACUUCCCAGGACCUCAUGGGGCUGUGGGUGAUGAAGAUGAGAGUGAAAAACCCAGCUACAGUUACCCAGACUUUCUGCCUCCUCCCUUCAACAGCUGGAGCCUGAGACAGCUGGCAGUGUUUCUUCAUACGGAUGGCCGUGGCGCCCCCCGCCCCAAGCCAGUAGGGCCCUUAGAGAAGUACCUGGAAAGGCUGCUGCAGCUGGAGUGGCUCCAGAUCCAAACGGUGCAAGCAGAAAGCAGCCGCCCACCUGGUAGCCGUACAAGGCUGCAAGGCUUCCCCUCUGCCACCACUGCUCACCCCCCCAGGCCUCACACAGCUCCACCAUCACGACUCAACUCCCCUAAAGGGCUGCGGCAAAGCCAGCGAGCCUUCCCAUUUACACCUGUCAACAACCCCCCAUCACCUGCUUCAGCCCAGCAACAGCACUCCCGCUUUCCAGUUUGCCCUCACUGUCACAUUCGCUACCCAUUGUGCAAUGGAAGCUGCUCUGCUAAUGCUUACCAGCGUCACUCAAGGCUCAGCCCACUUCUUGAACGCAAAGCCAGACCCGGUGCACCAGCGAAAAGGAGCAGCAGUGAGACCCGAGCCACCUCAACAGAAUGUAGGAGCCCAGGAGGACAAGGUGGAGUACAAGUUGGAGGCGGAGCCCAGACCCCAGUUAGCCCCUCAACUGGAAGGAGUCAUCUUAGGCACAUGCAAGCUGCAGGCAAUGUCCGUAAGCAACCCCAGGAUUCUGUAACUAACCCAAACAGCAGAGGUCAGGUGAGGAAAAGCCGCAUCAGAGCUAACUCUGAAACAGAUGUCAAAAAGGAGCCUUGUGGUAGUAAAGCAGCUAGUGCGGAGAAACAAGUUUUUGUGGCAAGUAAGAAAGAGGUCACCACCUCCAAGAGAGUAGAAAGGGACUGGCAGAGGACAGAGGCGGUAGGUCAGGCCUCUAAAACUGCCAUGAAAAGAGCGGCUAAAGAGCCACAGUCUCUCUCCAGAGCUCUGCUCAGUAGUAAGCAGAAUGGCAAAACAAAAAAUGUGCACUUUGUUGCAAAGUAACACUUAUAACCUACAAUGUAGUGCUUUGCUUAGUGGUUACUUGAUACAGGAGCUUGAACCUAUGCUUGCUUUCUGUGUAAUCUGUGUAAUACUAACAUGUUGUAACUGUUGUACAGCAGUCUACAUCAGUCAGUGGUGUACAGCCUUCUAAAGCUCAAAACUAACAAGAGGUUGAGCAGCUAGAAUAGAGAUGAAAAAGCAAUGAUUUCAAAGCAUAAUAUGACACUUAAAUAGAACAGAACUUGUAUUUUAUUUAAAAUGUACAGUA